AAAACGACGCACUGGCGGCACUGCCUUUGAGGUUGUGAGGUUUCAAACGUUGUUGUGUCGUCGAAUUCCUGUCAAAUAAUAGAGGGUCCUGCAAAUUUUGGGCGUUCAACCAUGCGAAAGAGGAAUAAGAAGGCUGGAAGUUCUCAUGAAUCCCAGAAAUCUCUCCCUUUAAUUAUACAACAACAGCAACAGUCUAAGUGUUAUGAGGGGGAACAUCUUGAUCGUCUACUCAAGUCAAUUGGAAGGGAGAUAGAGUCGGGAAAGCUUUCAAAGGGAGCCUUGCCUGAAAAAAUAUGGAUUAAGCAACAAUUUUCUAUUGGGGUCAAUGAUGUCACCCGUGUACUGGAGCGGAUGAUGCCAAGUGCUCAGUUGGGAAAUUCAGCACUGAAGCCUCUGGUAGCUGGCAAUUGUCGUAAACCUUCAGUUCAGCUUCAGGCUGUACUUUUGGCUUCUGAUUGCAACCCACGGUGGCUGUCCAGGCAUCUUCCUAGCUUGGCUUCUUCAAGAGAAGUACCGCUGAUUUUUGUCAAAGAUAGUAGAGGUGGUUCCUUGAGAUUAGGUGAACUUGUGAAGCUUAAGACUGCUAUUGCCAUAGGUGUCAAGGCUAGAGGAAGUGGUCUCAAUAAAUUGUUCCAGGGAAUCCUUCACGAUGACCAAAUUGUUGGGGACAAUGGAGCGCUUGAAGCCUGCUGAUAUGACGAGCACAAGCAUCAC